GUCAGUUCAAGAUUGAAGGUCGGUGUUACUUAUGAAUGAUAGGGAUGCAAAUCAAGCUUUGUGGAGAUGCGAAGAUUAAUGGCUACACUGUUAUCUUUGUUCAUCAAGAAAACUCUAUUUGUAUCACAGCCAUUAAAAACGGCUUGUGGCAUGCAGUAGUUGAUUGUGUGAAACUUGAUGAGUUUUGUGACCUCGUCAAGCAAACGCGUAACCAAUAUACACAGAAUCUCUCAGAGUCUUUUAGUUCUUCCGACCCAUCUAGCUACUUUAAUUUAAGAGAAGAAGGGGCGAACUUAAAUUUCGUAUGGUCCAAAGAAAUUAAGAAAGGCAUUAAAAUCAUCUUCGGAUCUUUUUACUUACAACCUUCAUAUAAUCCAUUAGAAUCACUUUGCGAAUUAACGAGUCUAAUCACCAAUAGUCUCAAAGAAUCGAUUUUAUGCUGCAGUAGUUUCGAGAGAGAAAACGAGAAGCUAAAGUCUUUGGCUGAUAUGUCCGUAAAGAAAUAUGAAGAAGUGGUUUCUCAGAUAGAUGAAAAAGAAAUUGUUCUGCUCUCGAAGUUUUCAGCUGUUCUGAAUGAAAAGAAAAGAAAAUGUCCAACUUAUGCUCUAAGUGAAGUUGACAAAACAUCAGAUAAAUCGUCAUUGCAAGAGGAUUUGGAUGAUUUAAUCCCUUCCAAGAACCGCAGAAAAUCAAAACCUGUCAUUGGUCGUCGUAACUGAUUGUUAAAAAUUAUGGCAUAUCUGAGUCUAAAGGAAGUAUGUACGUAUGGUCGGCCAUUUGAUAUGUAGAUCUUCGUAAUUUUCUGUGAUUAUCACAUCGAGCUGCUGUAUAUCUUGCUGUCCAUCAGUUUCUAUCUAUAUAAAUUAAACACUUUUGCAGUUUGUUUCAUGUUUGCCAGUAAAUGAUUUUUAUUUCUCAUUUAUAACCUGUUGUUUUGUCCAUUCCACUAAUAAAUUAAAACUAACUUUUAUAGAUUUUGCCCAACAAUACAACCAGGGUAAAUCUUGAAACAGUAUAAGGUAUUUGCGGUAGUUGCCUAUAAAUGAUUUUUUUAAUAGCUUGUAUGCGGGCAAAAAGCUCUGAAUUUUCGAAAUAUCAUUUGUAUGGACAAAAACAGUUUCAAGAUAUUUUGGUUGUUUAUAAUGGAAAGCAAGUACACAUUUGGUGUGCAAAUUGGUUAACGGUGUAUGUUAUUAACAUUCUACCCCUAUAAAACGAAACGAAUGGGGUCGAGGUUAAGUAUUAAACAGGUAUUGAUCUAAUCAGUGUUUAAAAUGUCACUUGUCAAAUAUUAUAGUUAGUAAUAUCGUACAUGAACACAGCCAGGGUCAUAUAAGGAGUAUUUUAUCUGACCAACUUUUCUCAUAUUAGUUUACCGAUCAUAACUGUUCAAGCAAAACGUCUUACCACAGUGUUUAUAGAGUGACUCAGUUGUUCAUAUACGGGAAAUACACAUGGCCUACUAAUAGGUUACAUUGCUAGCAACUUUGUCGUUUAAAAAGGGUUAAACAACGUUUAUUUGUAGAUCAGUUUUAUCCUGUUCGGUUGGUGGUGGUCGUGUGACAGAUUAAAUUAGGGCUUUUGGUUUAUAAACAGUCCAUCAAGCAGUGAUUUAAUGUGGAUUCGGGCGUUUUGUCAUACAUAAUUGAUAACAGUCACGUAAUAGGUAGACAAACCACUUAUAGGGAUUUAUCGUUUUCUUACUAGUGUUCCUUACAGGAUUCAAUCUCGACGAGUCAUAUAGGUAGAUCUAUAUGAAUUUAGGCUAACAAACCAAGUCUUUGUGUGUAUAAGCAAUUCGCAACCCCUUAUAUUUCUUUCUUGGCUGAAUGAGCCGUAACAAACGGUUUUUUCAUAUUAUUUUCCAUACUCUUUGUUCGUUUAUUUUCACUCUUUUCAUACAUAUAAUUGUUUGAGUACUUAUCACGUAAUUCUAAUG